UUUGGCCUCCGCGGCCGGCUCCAUGACUGGCAGGUUGUCGUCGCAUGUCGGCAUGCUACCGCCAUUGGCCUGCCAGCCCGGCUUGCCAACAGCAGCACCGGGCCACCAUCAUCCGGAGCAGCAUCCGCAGUUGGGUCACGUGGCCGCCGCCGCCGCCGCCGCCGCCGCUGCCGCCGCCUCGAUGGGCAUGGAGUCCUCGGAACUGAUGGCGGUGGCUCAUUACCAGGCGCAACAGCUGCAACGACAGUUGUUGGCCGAGCAGUCAGGUCCGGGCACCACGAUGCUGCUGCCUACGUCUGCUCAGCCUACUGGUGGAGGCUUGAUGCAGCCGCAGGGGCUCCAAGGGCAGCAGGGCCAACUCCAGCCGGGCCAGGACCCGUUACAGAGCUUGGUGCAGCAACUGCUCUGUCUACAGCAGAUAGAGUAUUUCCUCGCGCAGCGCGGUCACAAAUGAGUACACUUUACAGUACGUAAAUAUGGGUCAUUUCGCACGAGAAAACGAGAUGAUCAGACCAGAGAGCGACGUUUGGAACUCGAUGUGAGUGGGAAACGUGUUUGUGCAAAAGUGCUCUGAUACUGCUGAUUCGGUUUCGCGUCAAAUUGUUGUACGACCCGCUGACGCCGUUGAUGUUGCGACGCUGUCGAGAAUGAGGACGGACAAUAUGCGGCGGCAUCUGCUCGAGUUUGUACCGUUUUUUCUAAUUCUCGAACGGAGGGGAGGUAGCGCGGUGUCUCCGAAUCCACCACGACGAUACGGGAAGAUUAUGGAAGAAACUGGAUGAUGGGAGCGCCAGACAGGAAAAGGGGAGAGCGGCAGUUGCCACCCGUUUAUUCGUGGAGCGCUAUAUCGUUUCGGGACAUCGUGCGAACGGACGACGAUCUCCGGGAUAGAGGAGAUCAAAGUGUUUUAGCGUGUGAUAAAAAAAACUUUAUGUCAAAAAUUAUGUUAAAUAUGAAAGGUGGAACGAUGUGAUUGGGGGGAGGGGGUGAAGAAUCGCUCGCGAAUGAAGAAGAAGCGAGAAGGAGGAAUGUUAACGCCACGCGCGUCAGAGACGAUUAUCCGCUCUGGUGCGAUCUGUGAAUGAAUCUCUAUCCGUCAACAGUAUUGAUAUAAUUAAUAGAGUAAAUGAAUAUAUAUAUAAAAUAUAUUGUAAGAACUAUAUAUAUAUCGUAAGUACGUAUUUGUGCAAACGUCAGUGUGCAAGUUAGGCAGAAUGCGUGGUGUGAUAGUAGUUCGGGGUAUAUGGGAGAGAGAAAGAGAAAAUGAAUGUGAGAGGGUGUGAGUGAGGUAAACAGAGAAGCAGAGAAAGAGUGAGGAAGACGAAGCGUUAGAGUCACCUUCGACUCGAAGAUUUUUAAGCGCGGGGACCGACCGAACGCCAAUGCAUAGCCUCGUUGAUUGUCCCGAGGGCUCGUUGUAGAAUUUUAUCCUUUAUUAUUAUUAUAUAAAAUAAUAAUUAUUUGACGAACCACGGAAAGCGUAAGAAUAUUUUGCACACUAAAUAUGUAAGAGAGAGACUUCGUUCCAAAGGUUCAACACGGUUGGUAUAUGUAACAUAAGUAUAAAGCUUUCUCAAAACCGAGACGAGACACGGAAUCAACCCCCCACGGUGCAGGAAAAAAGAAAAUUGUAAAAGCGUUUUUAACAUUCGUUGUAAACAAGCCUCGUGUUUUAUGUUUAGAAUACAUUGCGGUACGACACGUAGCACAGCACGUACCCACGUCUUAUGAAUUAUAUGUCGAAUUCUAACUUUAUAUAUCUAGGUGAAUACUUUACGUUCACUAAUCUGAUUGUGCUUUGAUUUUUAAACGAGACUCUUUUUAACAGCAACAUUAGGACCUUAUCAUUUUAUUCGAUACAUAAGUAAUGCGCGUGGUGAUUCGAUACUUUAUACAAUGUAUGUCAGAUGACGGCACAUAACGCACACAACACGUACAAUAUGUACACGUAAAUCCGAACUAAGUUCCUUGCGUGUUACGUUUUAAACAUCAUGUAUAUGUUCCUCAUUUUGUUUAUAUACGUCGCAUAUGUUCCUAUUUUUAUAUUGCUCUUUGUGAUUCGUUAUGUUCCCUUCUUUUAGCAUUCAGAUGAUUUUUAUAAGAUUUUUUAACGACAAACUUUAUUUAAAUCAUCGAUAUAUUACUUGUCGAUCAAUGUGCCCUUCGGGUCUUCGAAUCAUUUGUCUUUGUGCGGUGUCAUUACAAAUGAUUCGUUCCAAUUUUGAAUUGAAGAGAAAUCUUAUAGCUUUAAAGUGUAAUUCGUAUGCAGAUCCUGUAUUCUGAUAUACAUAUUGUAUAUUUCUGAUACAUUAUAUAUUCGAUGGAAACAGUAUUUGUUUUGACGAGAUUCGAAGUUACACAUGCGUCGAAAUGUAAGAAAGGGGAACAUCGUUUUAGUUGGUAAUUACUAUACAUCACACAAACUGCGAUUUGUCGGUGUUUUCCCGCGUGACUCUUUCGCGUCACGCGCUUGAGCACGACGUAGGUACGAGCUCUGCUUCGAUUUCGGAAUACAAGCUCUUCGCACACAACAUACACACAAGACACAAACACACAAGUAAUUUGCGUGUCAUGAAUCGCUCCGUUCUCUCAAACACUCCGUCGAUGUAGAUCGCGAAGCGCACUCGCGGAUUAUCGCGCGAGCCGCUUCCAUAUCAUUGUCAUUAACGGGUCUGCGCCGUCGUAGUCUGAAAGGACGUUUCUAGCUUUCAGUUCCCUCCGCUCCACGAAGCUCAAAUCAGAAUUACGUUUCGUUCUGUUUACUAUUUGUUUGAUGGUAGUCCAAAGAAUAGAGAAACAAGCGGCGUUUUGCGGCUGCGAAAUUCUAAUUGAACUAUUCUCGAGAGAGCCUACGAGCGGAUGGAUAAAAGUUUGUUCGUCGGAUUUUAUCAAAAGAACAGUAAGAGGAAAAAGACGGCAGCAUAUAAACGCCGGCGUUUUGUCACGUCCGUAAACUCUGCGUCUUCCCAAGGCGAGAGCAUCUUCCGCAUCUUUGUCGUGUCGAUAUCGCGCGGCAAUACAUUUUAAAAUAUGUACAAAGAUCAUUGUCUCACAUAGUACACACAAUACGCGACACAAUAGCAUCAUUCGUGUAAUCUUUAACUCCUCCGCUUUUCGAGAGAAAAAUGCCAUCGCUUUCUCGUUAUUUUCUCGGUUUUUAAUGCAAAGGUAUUGCCGCACAUUGAUCUUGUAUCCUUUUUUUUUGUUUUAUUACAAAGUAGGCUACACAUACGUAUGGUUUACAUAUAGAAUGUACCGAGAACGGGAGACGAGUCGCUUGUAAUUGUAAAUCUUAAAAGAAGAAAAGAGGGGACGCGUACGCGCGCGCGCCGAUGUGCACGCAUUUGUACGUGCAUUUACACAUACACAUUCACAUACACGUAUACCCCGAAAUCACACGUAAAUCACGAAUUAGUUAGAUAAGCCACGCGUGAAGCCAGUACAGUCCCACGGCGUGAGAGUGUGCGAAAGUAGGAGGAAGGUGUACUUCGUGAAAUACACUUGAACGUGUAGAGAGAGAAUGAGAGAAAGCUAAGCGAUGUCGUGGAGAAAGAGAGCGAGAUAGAAAAGAGAGAAAGAGGAGAGCGCAUGUGUGUUAGGGAAGCGCAUAUGUAUGCAUGUCAGUGCGUGCACGUGUGUGUGUGUGUGUAUGUGCAGGGAGAGCAUGGGAGAGAAUGCGAGUGAUUUCGACACGAGCAUGCAGUGGGUUUUAGCAUAAAUGAUCUAUUGACAAAUGUUGUAUAUUAUUACGAAUUAUAAUGACACUAUUAUAAUUAAUUAAUUAAUUAAUUAAUUAAUUAUUAUACCCUAAUAAUGUGAAUUGAAUUUAAACGACAAAAAAUACACGAAAUGAUAAGUAAUAGGCGAACAAAUUUUUAAUUGUUAGCGAAGCACACACGAAAAGCCGGAAUUAUAACGCCCCACGGGCCUAGGGCCGAAAACACGAAAGUAGCAGGCCGAUCCGCGCGACGGAGUCGAAAGUACCGAGCGUAAAAGCACCGAACGUGUAACGUUGCGGCAAAGUCGCGCGGAGAGGCGGCGAACGUAUGGAAACUUAAAAUCCUUGCCGGGAGAAAGUGCAUCGCCCAGCCUCGAGCGGCACGACUCGCCCUCCGUAUAAGGAAAGGACAUAUUCUCGACGAUCCUCGUUCCAAUCUGUAACGCGUUCGCGAGGCGUGAUUAACGGCGCCUCGCCGCAAAGCGAGAUCUUUGAAAACAUUCCGCAGUGUCGAACUAGUCACAUUCACAGGGAGAAGCAACAAUCGUAAGGCGUGUACCGAUGAACAUUUACGGCCGGUUUUACCGACGAUGAUUGACUCUAAUCGCGGAUACCUUUAUCGGUUCCUCGCCUCUUUCCACAGCUCGAAGCUUCGGAAAGGGAUGAAGAGCCGCUUGAAGCAAAUUAGCUAGCUGGCUCUGGUGAGAUUGGUCCUCGGACAUUGGAACAGACUGGAUAAAGGUUUAGCAAAUAUCAUUAGAUAUUCUCGUUUAUGCGUUAGAUAUUUUAUUACUUUUUUUCCUGCAAAAGUCAUCACCCGCGAAAAUCGUCUCUCUUUGGAGUAUGCAUUUCGGUUGUUAGAUAAAUCUCGAUUGCUCCGUUCGAAUAGUCGGUGAUGCAUUUCGACAAUAGUCGAAAUGCGAGACGAGGUAUAUAAUCACGCGCAUCCAAACUCGGCCGCAUCUUCACCGAAAGCUAUUUUAGCUUCGAACAAAAGUCCUGCGAGAGAGUCGUGAUCGUUCGUCGCCGUAUGUAAUCAGAAGACUCAUCACGAGUCUUUUGCAUUAUGCGCAAUAAGAGACGAGUGGAUCGCAGGUUCGCGGUGAAAGUAACCGUGACAAGUAUCAUGAAUUCAUGAGUGACAGUCGAUCGCAAACUGAUGACCCGGGGUCGCGUAUUAAUCUGCGGAGGAUGCGGUUUUUAGCUUCGGGCGCGUUUCACUUUUCUUAUCUUUUCUUCUCCCAUGCAUUUUUCUACGGACACGCAUCUGCGAGGUGUGGAAACGCGCGCAAUUUCUCGUACGAAGGGAAACAUAUAUUUUGAACGAUGUAGUAAUACGAGUCCCUCACGCUGACGACCAGAAUGACAUUUAAACGCUUGCCUUUGAAGUCGCGCUUUGCGUUUCCGCACGAAAUGCGCAGCUGGCCUUGUUGUAAAGGUCUACGAGAGCGAAAGAUAUGCGUAAUGUACUUCGAAAAGUAUCACUAAUACGCGAAUCACUCUUAAUUGUUUAACGCAAAUUCGUAUUAAUUACGGUCUUUGUUGCGCGAUCCUCAGUACUCGCGAGCAAUCAAAGGGCUGUUGCAAUUUCUCGUUAAUGAGUCAUUCUAUUUUCAUCUAAUUCGGCUGAAAUUACCUUUGAUUCGCACAUUGCGCAAUGUAACGCAGCUUCAAGGCAUGAAUGCAGCACUUUUCACGUAUUUCCCGAUUAGCAUCUCCCUUUGGAAAUGUUUAUUCCACCACAUUUGUAUAUAUCUAUUUAUAAUUAUUAAUUUAUGAUCUCAAGCACAUAUUUAUCUUUUUCAGACAAACUCAUUUAAGAUUGUGGAGUAAAUUAAAUUUCCGUAUUCUCUAAUGUGUAAUAUUGUGUAUUCAACGGAAACCAUGAGCUUCUUUUCAGGCUAAAUCAAGUUAAGUUAAAUUAAAGCCAAUAUACACUUAAAGUCGAUUUUAAUUUCGAAGUAAAUUUAAUAAUCGGUGUAUUAAAAAAAUAAUUAAAUAUUUAUCAUUAUCUUGAAUCUUUAUUUUACCUAAUAACCGAAAGCUUCUAUUUCGCGGGAUAUCGCGUAAUUACACGCGGCGGGGAAAUUGAAUGUAUUCACGUCGGAUUCUCGUGGUAAGCUGCAUCAUUAAACGCACUAAAACGAUAACGUUCAAUUAAACCUUUUGCGAUCGUGCAUAACGCGCCGCGCGAUUCACGAAGCCAUCGGCUGAUAAACAGCCAGCGCUCGAUUAGCUUAAUUUCUAUUCAUCAACAAGAUUUAGCACGAAUGACAUUUGCCGGUCGUAUUACCGCGAUGUCGUUGUAAUUCACGAUUAAUAUUUGAUAGACUGUUAAUAAACGAAACUGUUCAUCUAGCGUUUGUGAGUGUGCCGCGAGUACCGUGUUCAUUUAAUUGACCCAUUCACUACAUCCGCAUUGACGUUUGAUUAAUGAUACACGAUCUAUGGUGGAACAAUUGGUAUUUUGUCAGAAAAUGAGGAAUUGUAAAGACGAACUGCAGAGCUAUUUUUGUCGAGUCUAAAGAUUCCAACGAGUUGUUUCCUUUUUCGCGCCAUAAACAGGAUUGUCAUCUUUAAACGAAUCGAAAAUAUAAUUCGGCUAAUUCCGACAGAAAUGCCGUCCGAAAACGUGAUUGACUGUUUUACAUGCGCGUGAAUUUCGCGUACGAGAAUCUUUAUCGCACGACGCGACGGUUCGGUUUCUGAGUCGAAAAGAUCUCGAGUACAUUUUGACUCAGGGAGAAGAGUGUGUCGUAUUCAAAAGCAUUACUUGCGAGCUUUGGACUGAGCAGCCGAAUGCUUGCGAGCUACCGCGAUCAUUACUGACCAUUUCCUUUUCGCCAGGUCGAUUAUCGCAAAUCUCCGAGUCGUAGGACUGAUCUUCGCAGAGUUUCUCAUUUCAGCGUUUUAGUGGUCGAGCAGCUCCGCUCAAAAUAUUUAGACUUUUCAAUAUUCAAAUAAUUCAAAUAAUUCGAAUUUAAAUUCAAAUACCGGAGACUUCUCGGCAAUCCGCUUUCAAUUUUUCACACAGCAAGAGCAAUUAGAAUACGAGAAUGGAGAAAACUCGAUACUUGGACGCGCUUUAUCUUGUCAAAUGAAUCCCCGCAGAAAUUUCUAAUCGUUUGUACAAGUCGGCCGCAUAUGUACAUUUGGAAAGCUUGUCUCUGGAUCGUCAACGCCGGGUGUGAUUUGUAUCGCUCCGAACGGAGGCAGUUCAGCUAUCAUCGCAGAUGCGCGAUCUGCGCACAAUUUAGAAAACUCUCCACGAAAUAAAUUGCAUAUCACACUCACCGACCGUGUCUCAGGAGAAGCAGAUUAGCGUUACGGAGGUGUCGUGUAUCGCGCCGCGAUCCUAGACCGAUUAGCGUCUCAUCCUGUUGUCCACCCCGAUACUGUUUACCUAAGGGAUAAUAUUCCAAAUAAUUGUUGACAGAUGAUCAAUCGUAUGUAUAAUGGUAAAGUGAAAGAGAGAGAACAAAAAAAAAAGAAGACGUGCCACUCGUCGCUGAGUACAACGUACACGCGCGAAGGCAACCUACCGUUAUUGUUCCAAGUUCAGAGGACCUUUUCUCGUUUGCGUAAUCGCACCUUGGCAUUCCUCGAGAUUUUGCCUCGUCCUUGCAGAUCCCAGCACACGUUCGGCUGCAAGCACAAUUUGAAUCGUUUAAUCGUUUAAUCGCGACAAGAAGAACGCGAUUUUGCCGCAAAAUCAGGCACUUUCGAACAACUUUACUUAUAUUUUCAUCAAAUAAUUAUUAUAUUCCAAUUAUAUUUUACAUUAGCGUUAAAAUUGUAAUCGAGGAAGAGAGAGUAUUGCUCGCGCCGAGGCCGCUUCGAGAACGUCGGUACAGUCGAGGCUAACUUUCGUAACUAUUAGUUUAGAUAGAAAAUUCUUCUUCUAUUUAACAUCAGAAAGCUGGAGCCGAGUCGGAAUUAAUUAAUGCACGGCGGUCGGUGCAUCUCCGCGCAAUUUCCACGGGCCCGGCCGCACGAAAGUCGCGUGAAGGACGCCUCGGCCUCUCUCGGAUGUUCCUCAGACGUCUUUUAAACGCCGCGUUUUCGUUUUUCCCCGAGAGAACGUCUAGCGAGCGAGAGACGAGGGAGGGGGGCUGAUGUUCCGUGUAAACGUAAUAUCCCUUGCGGCAGGAACGCGCGUUUGCCGGGUUUCGGCCGGCUGUAUCCCGUAUAAAAUUCCCUCUGUAAAUACCGUCCUCUGAAUUUGGCACGGAGGCCUCCCGGUGGCCUCUCUCCGUGGUCUCGGUGCGGAGAAACGCAGUCCGGAGAGAUUGGGCGGGUGGUCGUCGAUCGGAUCGUCAACCGCGCCGGGCCAGUCUUGAGCGAUGAUCGCGCACCGACAUUGCGUGUAAAAUAUUAGCGAAUUAGGGACGAUUUAAUUGCGAUUUCAAGGAUAUCACAAAACCUUACCUACCCUGUACUCUAGUGGACAUGGGCCAAAAACUCGGUAUAUUAUAUUAAUAUACGUUCAAGGUUGGCCCAUCGCCAUGACCAAUGAAGUAGUGAAGGAGAGGAAGCGGGGGCAGAAGGGGGGGGUAAAAGGGGGGAAGGAAGGGAGGAAGGAUAGGAGCAAAGAGCGAAUUGUCAUCCAAUCACAUUUUUACGCACUCCAAAAUUUUUAUCCUCGUCAUUUGUAUCAUAGCAGCCGUGUGUUUAAAGACGACUCCACAUUAUGUGUAUGUAAUCAAAAUUGUAACUGAUAAAACGUUAAUAAAAAAACGAUAUCCGAAA